AUGGACGGGAUGUUGGAGACUAUGCCAUUUUCUUUGGGUGACGAAUGUUAUACCCAAAGAAAUGGUCAACAUAAAGUUGGAUGCAAAUUUUUUCUUUAUGCUACAGAAGACGAAUACAACUUUCUCAUCAAAAAAUUAUUAGGAGAAGAAUUCUCUAAUUUUUCAAAUAUUAAAG